CAGCGGCGCCGCCAGAUCCGCCUUCCUCCUCACUCUCAGCACAUCCAUAGGCUGCCCUCCUCGGCUUCUCCCUGUCCCCUCAGAGCUGUCACCCUGCAGGCAUCUGCUGGAAGAUUUACUACUUAUUUGGAAAGUGCCUGCUUCCAAAGUUACAUCUGCCAGUAAGUGCUCAACGAAGUCACGUUAAAUGCCAAACCCCCAAGAUCUUGCCAUGAAGUUUAUCUAAAAUUACCUUGUAUGUCUACUGUGUUGUUGCCAAUGACUCAUCGAGAAAUGGACUAAAUAUCUGCGGCAUAGGGGACGUAGGCUCUGUCCAGUAAAGACUGUGGAUUCCCUAAUAAGGCCAAUAUUCAAUUUCAUCUUACUGAAGAGUAACCAAGAGAAGACUUAUUCCAGACAGGACCACCAUUAGGCUGGAAGUACUUUAUGGAUAGAAGCUAAGUGGUAAUCCCACCCUGAUAUUUCCAUCCCUGGAGGUCUGAGUAUGUUGUCUUCUCAGCCAAAUUUGCUGAAGUAGUGCAUUUUGAUUGAUGACUGACUAAAUGCAGAUGAAUUGGCUUUUCUCAUGCAGCUUUGCGUGUUUUGGACUCUAUUCAGCAGUUCAGUCCAUCUAACGCAAUUACAUUUUUAUUGUACUGAAGCCUGCUGAGGAAGGCUCCAAGCUCCAGCUGACUUAAGUUACAAAGUCACCAGGCAGACUUCAGCUUCUGUUCCGUUUCUACAGCAUGGCUUUGAAUGUAGCUCCGGUAAGAGACACUAAAUGGCUGACCCUUGAAGUAUGCAGGCAGUUCCAGAGGGGGACAUGUUCAAGAUCUGAUGAGGAAUGCAAAUUUGCACAUCCACCUAAAAGUUGUCAGGUUGAAAAUGGACGUGUUAUUGCCUGCUUUGAUUCCCUGAAGGGACGUUGUUCAAGGGAGAACUGCAAAUAUCUUCAUCCGCCAACACACCUAAAGACCCAGCUAGAAAUAAAUGGCAGGAACAAUCUCAUUCAGCAAAAAACAGCUGCGGCUAUGCUUGCCCAGCAAAUGCAGUUCAUGUUCCCGGGUACACAGCUGCAGCCAAUGCCCACUUUUCCUGUAGGCCCAGGAUUAGGAACUAAUACAGCUAUUAGUUUUGCUCCAUAUCUGACUCAGAUGACACCAGGUGUUGGAUUAGUCCCGACAGAAAUCCUGCCCUCUACACCUGUCAUUGUUCCAGGAAGUCCACCUGUAUCAGUCACCAAUUCUACUGCUACUCAGAAACUUCUCAGGACGGAUAAACUGGAGGUAUGCAGGGAGUUUCAGAGAGGAAACUGUGCACGGGGAGAAACUGAUUGCCGCUUUGCACACCCGGCAGACAGCACGAUGAUUGAUACAAAUGAUAACACUGUAACCGUUUGUAUGGAUUACAUUAAGGGUCGCUGCAUGAGGGAGAAAUGCAAAUAUUUUCACCCUCCUGCACAUUUGCAGGCCAAAAUCAAAGCUGCACAACAUCAAGUCAACCAGGCUGCAGUAGCAGCACAAGCAGCUGCUGCAGCUGCAACCGUAAUGACGCAGUCGACUGCCAAAGCAAUGAAGCGACCUCUCGAAGCAACUGUAGAUCUGGCUUUUCCACAUGGCGUCCUUCACCCUUUACCAAAGAGACCAGCUCUAGAAAAAAGCAAUGGUGCCAGCGCAUUUUUUAAUCCUAGUGUCUUGCACUACCAACAGGCCCUUGCAAAUGCACAGUUGCAGCAGCAUGCGGCAUUUUUUCCAGCAGGGUCAGUUUUGUGCAUGACACCAGCUACCAGUAUUGUACCCAUGAUGCACAGCGCUACGUCCGCCACUGUCUCUGCAGCAACAACUCCUGCAACAAGUGUCCCCUUCGCCGCAACAGCCGCAGCCAAUCAGAUUAUACUGAAAUAAUAACCAAGACUGGAGUAGAGCAUCAAGAAGAUUCACAGAAGAUAGCAAAGCAUUCAUAUUGUACAUACUAUCCAGUCUCCUCCUCUAUAGAGUUGCCACAAACUGCAUGCUAAACAAAAGGAUCUUGUUCUCUUUAUGGACAAACUACAAACUCUUAGAAAGCUAGUGCUGCUAUAUUCUAAAUUGAUAAUAUAUAUGGUAUGCGUAAUAUAUUCCAACAUAAAAUAGUUAACUACCUGAUACCAGCUGUGAUGUUAGUGGGUAAAGUUUACUUUUUAAUAUUUGUAUACCUGGCUCCCACUUGAUAAAACUGUCUUAUCUCCCAUCACAUCCAAAACCAAGAGUUUAUCCCCCACCCUACUGUAUAUUGUAAAUGCUGGGAAACAUUUAAAAUGUAUCAAUAUUUUUGUGUUCUGAUGGCAAACAUGCAAUAUUGGAUUGUGAAUAUAAGUAAUACAUUAGAGAUUAUUUUAGCCAUAAUUAUAGGGAUUUAUUAACUUCCCCUUUGAAUAGAAGACCAAGAAGAUAAAGUACGUUCUCAAAUGUGGAAACAAGGCUUAUUUUAAAGCACAAAUUCAAAUCAUAAAACCGGCUUCACACCCAGUGUACAAAAGAGAUACAGAAACACUUGUAUUAAAAUAGAUGUAUAUUCAAAAGAGCAAAAAGGGCGAAAAAAAAGUGAUCAUUUGCACAGUAUGACUGUCAUACACAAGAAAGUCUUGAAUAUCUUUAUUUUAGUUGUGAGCAUAUAGUGUUUUUUAACCAAGACUUUGCAGAAGUGCCUAAAUUUCACCACAGUACAACAAACGCAAAAAGUAUAUGACUGCUGCCAACCUCCCAGUUACCAGCAAGUGCAAGGUUAAGAAAUAUAGCAGGUUCAGUACUUGGUUAUUACAGGUUAGCAAGGCAUCGGAGGAGGAGUUUUCUUAGAUAAUCGAAUGUACAAACGUAUAUAUAUAUAAAUAUAUAUAAAUAUAUAUAUUGGCCAGUCACGACAUAAAGGUGACUCUAAUCUAUAGAACAUAUUACAUUUUUGAAAUGUAGUAAAAGUUUUAUUUUGACCCUGUUCAGUGCUCAAGGGGCCUGCAAAACACUGCAGAGCAAUGCAUUACAGGCCUUCAAUGCUGAAUCUUGUGAUAACAGCAGGCAGUGGGGAAAAUUCUUAGGAAAAUGGUUAGCUGCAGGGUCUAUAGUGUUAUACAUUUUUAUAAUUGGAUUUAGAGAGUUGUAACAGGAUUACAGCACAAGAUUAAAGAAUAUUGUGUUUAAAAGCAUAUUUUAUGUCUGAAAAGUAAUGAAGAGUUGUUGCAUAUAUGAGAAAUAUUGAAGACAAAAAAAACUAUGGAUAAAGCAGAUUUUUGAUGUUUACUUUUAUGGUAGGCUGUUGAUUUACAUGGUAAUUGUCUGUACCAAUAAUGUGUAAUUUAGUUAAAGUUUAUUUCAAGCACUAUUGUACCAAAUACUUCAUGUUUCUGUGUUGCACAUUUGUCACACAAAGUAUGUUGUUGCUGAAUUAUGGAUAUGAAAACAGAACAGCUGUUAUACAUGAAUAGUAUACUUAAGUGUUAGAAAUAUGUUUUUUUUUUCUCUUGUAAAAAGACAAUAUUAGUGAUUGCAGUAUUUUAAGAAAAAAAUUUCAAGAGUUGAAUGUAAGCUAUUUUUAAUGUGGGCAGCCUCUUCUAAAAGAAGGCGCUGUAAUUCUUUAAUCGGUAAUCAGGAAAAAAAAUUCUGCCUUUAUUUCUAUUUUAUUUUGUAAUAUAUGUACAAUGUUUGAUUUCUGCUCUUAUAUUGAAGAAGCAGGUCUGAUUACUAAGCAGAACUAAAUCGAAAUCCACUUGAAAGUGAGUACCGUAUUUUAAUAUUGCUUAUAUCACUGUGUCUUCAAAGGCAAAAGUGACCUAAUCAAGUCUAUACUCUAAUCUAUACUGAGAUUUUUAUUCUUAUUAAUUUUGGGAGCAGUGACCAGCCAUCAUUUUUUGUCACUUCAGCCAUUUAACCAAAUGCAGCCUGUCACAUAUAUAUAUUUAAAAUACAGGAAGUACCAUUUUAGAGUGAGUGUUAUAUAAUAUACCAAUAUUUUGUGAUUCAUAAUAGCCCCUGUACUGGCAAAUAUAGCUUGCUCAUGUACCAAAUCAGUUCACUGAAAAUGGAAAUUGCUUUAAAUGUAACAAGAUCAACUUACAUGUUUAUAGUAAUCAUUUUAAGAAUGUACAUUUUUCAUGCAAUAUAUUUUCAUCAACAACUUUUAGGUUACAGCGUCAUACUCAUCCUUAUACAGUAUAUCAGUUCCCUCCAAAAUUAAAAUGGGGUCUAAAAUUGUAAGGAUGUAAAUGGCUGGCCUGUGUUUCAAUUUUUACUUAUACCUAUAUUUUAUUAUUUUUAAAGGAGAUUUAAUUUUGGAUGACAUUUCUGUUUUUGUAUUUUUGUUUUUGUAAUGUCCAAUAAUUAAAGUAUCCUCUUAAAUAAA